CCGAGAUUAUGCCCGCACAAAGCACAUUCCUGGCCCGUUCUGGGCGGGAUGGACUGAUCUCUGGAUGAUUCGCGCACAGCUGAGCGGCCGAAUGUGUUUUAUCCUCGCCGAGACGAACGUGAAAUACGGCGCAAUCGCAAAGAUCGCGCCUAAGUGGGUUGUUUGCGGCGACGGCGCGGAGCUGCGAAGGAUUUGGGGCGUGCGCUCCGCAUGGCAGCGAUCCCCAUGGUACCAGGGGCUUCGAUUCGACAGGAAUCUCGACAACGCCUUCUCCACGCGAGAUGACCAAGUGCACGAGACGCUCAGAGCCAAGCUGAUGCCGGGCUAUGGCGGGAAGGACGUCGAAAAUCUCCACCAGCAGAUCGACAAGCAGGUCGCUGGCCUAGUCACCCUCCUGGAGAGCAAGUAUCUGUCCACGAAGACCAAGUCGAAGCCGGUUGACCUCGCACGCAAAGUCCAGUACUUCACCUUGGACGUCAUCUCCGCCCUGGCGUUCGGCACCGAGCUUGGAUACCUCGCCGCCGACAAGGAUCUGUUUGACUACAUCCAGACCACCGAGAGCACCCUUCCCAUUAUGCUUGCGACUGCCUUCUUGCCCGGUCUUCUCGCCGUGAUCCAGUCGCCGCGUCUCAAGUGGCUCAUCCCCGAUGUGCGCAACAUGGCGGGCAUUGGCAGUGUGCUUGGUGUCGCUCACGACGCUGUUGCCCAGCGAUUCGGAGAGAAAGCGCUUGUCAAGAAAGACAUGCUCGGCUCCUUCGUCGCCCACGGUCUGACCAAACAAGAAGCCGAAGCCGAGACGGUGGUGCAGAUUAUCGCGGGAUCCGACACCAGCGCAACGGCAAUCCGGUCGACGCUGCUCUUCAUCAUAACUAACCCGCUCGUCUACCGCCGGCUGCAGGCCGAGAUCGACGCCGGCAUCAUGGACGGGAGCAUCUCGUCCCCCAUCACAGACGAGGAGGCCAGGAAACUGCCGUAUCUGCAAGCUUGUAUUCGCGAGGGUUUGCGCCUCUGGCCGCCCGCGACGGCCGUCCUGCCCAAGGUAUCCACCACGGACCAAGUCGUCUGUGGCGUUCACAUCCCAGCCGGAACCCACGUCGCAUGGGCUCCGUUCAGCUUUCUCAGGGAUAGGGAAACCUUUGGAGACGACGCUGACCUGUUCAAGCCCGAGCGAUGGUUGCAUAUCGACCCGGCCAAGUACCGGGCAAUGGAUCAGACUGUUAUGAUGGAGUUUGCCUCGGGGAGCAGGUGGGAGUGUCUAGGCAAGACGGUUGCCCAAAUCGAGCUGAACAAAACAUAUGUCGAGCUACUUCGCCGAUUCGACAUCCAACUGGUUGACCCGACAAAUCCCUGGAAGUCAUACAACGCCGCCGUGUUCAUACAGAGCGAUAUGAACGUUAUCGUAACCAAAAGGGAGACGUGAAGGGUGCAAUAUAUGACCCACAUACGGGGGCAAGCCCUCUACAAAUAUGACCAUUAUACCACCCUAAUUUUCUGCCACAUCGCAAGCCUCUGUGAUAUCUUCUCCGCGGGUACUUCCUCGUAGCGCU